AUGGAGUUAGAAAAGCACAGAAAAGAAAUCUCAGCAAAACAGACCUUAAAGGAGAAGCUGACGCUGCAUCCUACACAUGGACAGCAAUUUGGAAAAACAGACAUACAAGUCACCAGUCCACUGAGUUUCCUUAGCACAGAACGGGUCCCCUCUGGAGAAUCCGGAACUAGAUCUUUGACCUUCACAUUUGUUCCAUCUAUCGGACAACUUCCAACUCACUUUCAGGUUGUAGAUGUCUGUGAACUGGUGAGAACAUCAGAGGAGCCAAACAAUGAAAGCAGUCAAGAAAUUAUAAAUAGGUCUACCAUAGGCUCUGAUGACCUGACCUUAAAAAGUGGAAUCAGGCAAGACAGUGAAUCCACCUAUCACACAGGCACCAGCCAAAAGAUUUUCCAGCCAAAAGGAUAUAAGACGAGCAAAGGAGAAAUGCAGGAGAGUGACCUUUUCAAGGCUGAGUUUGUCUUUAUUACGGACUCUGAUGAAGGAGAUGAAGAAACCGUUUCCAGAAACAAUGUUCAGCAGCCUUCUGUAGGUCAUGGCACUGGGCAUGCGAGAUGCCAGUUAUUGGCUACCUCCCAUAUUUCUUCUGGUAGUGAGUCAAGCAAACCUCAUGGUGACCUGAAUGUUCCUGAGACACAAUGUGCUGUACUGUCGCACAGUGCUACCUGUUCCCCAAAACAACACCAGUUAACUUCUCCUUCUACUUUUGAUCAUCUUUUUCAUAAACCACCUGCUUCCUGCUUAAUUUCUCCAACUAAACUGAAAGUAGAAUGUGACAUUGUUAAUCCGAAACAAGUCUCUUCUCUGGAAGAAUCCUAUAACAAGUGGCAGUCUGCAGCUAGGUCUUCUAAACAAGAUUCAUCUACGUGUUUUCAGGCUACUGCUCACAGUUCACCUCUUUACAUGCCCCAGAGAUCACCAUCUGUAUUAAACAGCCCUUCUUCCAGUACUCAAUUCUCCAAUAACCUUCAAAUGCCAAAUAUUGUUACGCCUAACUAUGUUUACAAAAUGUCUGAAUUCACAGCAUCAUCCGUUCCAAGCAAGAGUCCAACUCCAGUUUCAUAUUUUCCCAAUUCAGCAGGAACGCCAGGUUCUCCAGAUCAGCCUGUAUCUCCCUGUUCUUCUAAGCAAUUUAACACAUUUUUUGCCACUCCUGUCCAUAUCACAGCACAUUCACUAUCACCUAGUCCUAAACCACUCUCCUCCCCAUUUUUUGGUUCCUCCUCAACCAUAUGCAGUGUAAAUGAGCCUUGUAGCAGGAUGUCCUCUAGUGGAAAUCUGCUGAAGUCAGGAAUUAGAUCCCCUCUGCCAACCAGACUCUCUCUUUUAACUGCUAUUCUGAAGUCAGGCCUGUCUCAGCAAAGACCACUCUCCCCUGCAUCCUGUCCCCCUACCUUUUCUCCUAACUCCCUUUGCUCCUCAACACUCACAAUAGAUCAAAAGUUUAAAAGAAGUCCCCCUACUCCUAAGAAAUCUGCCUCAAGCUUUUCUAUUAGGUCAACCUCUCCAAGCCAAGAGGAACAUUGGCCUUUACUAUUUUCUCACUCGCCCAUUCAUGUGCCUUUGUCCUCAAAGCCUGUUUCUACUCCUCGGGCUAGAUCCCUUUCCCCUAAAAAGCACCUUCAUGCCAGAACACUUUCUCCUGAUUCAUUAUAUCCUCUAUCAUCCACCAUUUCUUCCUAUAGGAAAACAGUUGUAUCCCCCCUGUUACAACCUAAAUCAUCUUCAGUGCUGCCCCCUGUCCCAAGACACUCUUCUUCCCUGAAUCCUGCAAUUUCUCCUACAAAACUGUUGCCUUACCCUGUCCACAAAACUCAAAGGCCUGAAAAUUCUAGGAGAGUCCACACCUACUCACCCACUUUCACUUGUAAAUCAUACCCUUUGUCCUCUCCUGCCAAUGAAAAAGGCACAUUCUCCCCUAUCCUAGAAAAAUGUUCCUCCUCUUCUCCAAAUCUUUUGCACCCAACCUAUAAAUCAAAAGCAGAUUCAUCCCAGCUGUCUGCUCAGGAACUGAAUCCUGUCUCCCCUACCCCUUCAAAUGUCUCAACCCAUUGGUCUGCCUCACCUGCUAAUUCUACAUCGCCUAUUUGCCCACCCUAUAAUAUUCAUUCCCACUCACCACAAGUUAAUUCCUCCUUACUGCACCCAAAACAUAGAGUUUAUUCCUCAGCUGCAAGACCUAAGCAGUUGCCCACUAUAUCAGUAACACCAUGUAGAUCUCCUGUCCCAGGCCAGUCACCUGGUACACCAUUGUCAAGAUCCAGGGAGCUGAGUUCACCAAAGUCUUUAUCCCGGCCUCCUGAUCAUGAAAGCCUGAAACCCAAGCAAUACAAGAUCAAGACAAGCUACAAGGCUUUUGCAGCAAUCCCUACAAACACCUUGCUUAUGGAGCAGAAGGCAUUAGAAGAGCCAAUUAAAACAGAAAAAGUGAUUGAAGACACUACUUUGGACACACAUUCAGAGAUGUGCUCCCCUGCCCAGCUCAGGCAAAAAACUGAAGAACUCUGUGCUGCCAUCGAUCAAGUCCUACAGGAUCCCUUGCCUAUGCGCCGGUGUGAAUCUUCUCCAUCUUCCCUGCACACAUCAACGGAUUCAGACAUAGGCAAAAUGUCUGCAACACUGCAGAGAGCAGCUGGACGGGAAACCAGAUAUGCUAACCUUUACUUACCAACGCCUUCAGUGACAGAGAGUCAACUGACAAAGCCUGGUGUUAUUCGUCCAGGGCCAAUGAAAACAAAAAUCUUAUUAAAAACGGAGGAGCCCUAUCAACCAAACCCUUUCAAAAAAUACCUUGAAGAAACCAGAGAUCCAGAUAUUGAGCAGGACAACACUCCCCUCCAUCCUCUAUAUCCGACUAAAUUGAUCCCUCCAACUAAGUCCCAAUUACAUCCACAGUCUAUCUGCCAUGCUGACUGUCUAACCCCCGGGCCCUUCAGUCAUUUGUCUUCCAUCUUAUGUGAUGUUCAUGAGAGUUCUUAUAGGCCUUACAGUCACAACGCUUUGUAUAAUAAGCCCAGUCAUCCCAUAGUGCCUAUUCCAGAAAACGAAGCACUCAGCUCCAAGGAGUUUCAUUCUGUAGCAGCACCAAGUAAAUCGGAUCUGCCUCCCACCUGUGAAAGCAAAAAGUCAAGCAAAGGAAAACUUCCAGCCAGCGAAAGCCCUCUCUGCAGUGAGCGCUUUUCACUCAGAGUGGACAUGAGGGAUACUCCUGCAAAAACCAGCUAAGAGACUGCCAAUGAGAGAGAGUCUGUCUAGCUGCCAGGCUGUAAAUUAGGAUCAGAAGCUAAAACUGUAGAGUAUUUUGAAGCCUGUUGCAAUGCUGAAAUGAAAUCAGUGCCUCAAGUGGAUUUAAAUGUUGUUGUUUUUUUAAAUGUUGCUUCCUUUUGUAUUAAUUGCAAUGCAGCAGUAGCACUCAGAGAUAUUUUUAAGAGUUAAUCUAGAAGGUACCAGCAAAAAGAGCCC